AUGUCUUCAAUCCCCCUCUCCUACGCAACCUGCUCCCUCGGCACAUCAGACACCCCCCUCCCAACGAAACUCUCCCUGCUCUCCAGCGCAAACUUCACCGGAAUCGAACUCGCAUUCCCAGAUCUGUUAUCCUACGCCUCAACACUGCACAGUCGCGAAAUCUCACCCACAGAUUAUGCCUCUUUAACAUCCGCCGCGCGCGACAUCCGCGCCCUCGCAGCGAAACACAACCUCACCCUCCUCAUGCUUCAACCCUUCUCGAAUUUCGAGGGGUGGCCACGCGGAUCCCCCGAGCGGGAGGAUGCGUUCGCCCGGGCGAGGGGUUGGGUUGAGAUCAUGGACGCUGCGGGGAUAGAGAUUUUGCAGGUUGGGUCUAGUGAUACGCCGCUGGACAAGCUUUCCCGCUCUGGGAAUGAUAGUGCGGGUCUGCGGCGAGAUAUCGUUGAGGAUCUGCGGGAGCUAUGCGAUAUCCUCGCGGCGAAGAAUUCGAAGAUGCGCGUUGCAUAUGAGAAUUGGUGCUGGUCGUCUCAUGCAAAGACCUGGAAGGAUGUCUGGGAGAUUGUGGACGCCGUGGACCGCCCGAAUAUUGGGCUGUGUCUGGACACGUUCCAGUCUGUGGGCGGGGAGUGGGCGGAUCCGAGUACGGAGUCUGGACGUAUCGGAAACGUGGAACCCGGUUCGAGCGGGGAGAGGGAAUUGAGUCGCCGGUUUGAGGCGAGUAUGGACGAGUUGGCGAGGACCGUUCCGAAGGAGAAGAUCUAUCUCUUGCAGGUGUCUGAUGCGUAUAAGCCAAAGGGCGGGCCGUUGAGUGGCGAGGUUGUGGAUGGGACGGCGACGCGGGGGAGGUGGAGCCAUGAUUUUAGACCCAUGCCGUAUGAUGGUGGGUAUCUGCCUAUUGAGGCUGUUGGGGCUGCGGUACUGCGGACGGGGUUUCGCGGGUGGUUUAGUAUGGAGAUUUUUGAUGGGGGCGCGGAUGGACAGGGGAAUGAUGUGGAUUUGGGGGAGUUUGCCGAGAGGGCGAGGAAGAGUAUGGGGAGGUUUAUUGGGAACUGCUUGAAGAAGGUCUAA